AUGGGAUCACCUCCCAGGGACGGUGUCUCUCCCAGGGGAGAAAAUAGUCAUCAAUGUGGCUCUUCACCCAGGCAGCUCCAGGCGCACGUCGCCGAGGUGCGGAAAUGCCAGCGAAGCCCGGCGCUCACCAGUGCGGCAUCUCCGCUAGGAGGCAGGGCUCGGGGCCGAGUCCCGCCCCCCGCCCGCCCGCCCGCCCGCGCCCCAGGCCGGGGUCCCACCCGGAGGCUGAGAGAGCGGCGGGGCGGCGCAAGGGAGCCGCGCGCGGAAGGCGGCCGCCACGCGCGAGACCCCGCGGGGAGGGCGCGGCGCCGAGCGGCCGGGGGCGCAGUCGCGGGCUCACCGGGCGCCGGGAGGGACCGCAGGACGCGCGCGCCGGCUCCGCUGCCUCGGCUGCUCCUCCGCCCGGAGCCACAGCGCCCCCGCGCCGCGGGAGUGGCCGUGGCGGCAGGUGCUCGGGUGCCUCCGCCCCCGGCUCCGUCGCGACGGCUCCUGCGAGGGCGCCAGCAGCUGCAGGCAGCGCCUCAGCGCCCGCCGCCUCACCAUCCUGGGAGCGAGCCUUGGCCGGGCCCGCGGCGCCCCCGGGCCGCGCGGGGCAUGGGCCCCAGCUGGGUUCGCUCCACGUGGCCCGAUCACUCACUCACUCAUUGUGACCUUCAGACCUGGGAGCCCUGCCAGCGUCCGCCGGCCGCUGGCCGCAGUUCGGCCUUUACCAAGAUGGCGGCCCCCGCGGCCCCCCACGCCGAGGCCAUCUUGGGAUUUUCUUUCUCAAACUGCAGGAUGAGAUGAGCUGUUUCAAGAAGUAACUUAAGUACAAACAAACCGAAAUAGAAUUCAACAAUGGAUGGCUGGGCAGAAAGAGUCCUCUGUAAAGUCAUCCAGAGUGUGGCCACUGGCCAGAAAGAAAUACCCUCUGAAUAACAUGUUAAUUUAAAUUUUAAAAAGAGAAAAAGAAAAAAAAAGAGGAAGAAAGAAAUGCCCUCUGUCCGGGGCUCGGGUCUAAUUGGCAAAAAGAAAAGGAAUACAGGUCCCCAAAUGCAGAUAUGACUGCUAUGAAAAGGCCAAGCAAACUAAUUUGCAUUUUGAAAGUGCACGUGUGUGUUAGGCUGUAGAAAUAUAAAAAAGACUGUGCUUGGUGUGAGCCUCUCGCCCUCAGGCUAGCGAGCAGUUGCUGCUGAAUCCCGGGGACUUAAGUGUGAUUAGGAACUGCUGGCGCCUGCCUGGAGCAGAGACUGCUCUCGCUCAGUGGUACCUGCGGUGCAACAGCGAUCGAAACAAAACAGCGCUACAAACCCAAAGGGUAUGAUGUUACUUGGCUAAGGAACUUUAAGAAGAUGCCCUUUGUUGCCCUCACCACAAUUUUUUUAUUAAUGUAAAUUGUCAAAAAUACAGAAAAUAAAUAUGUCUUUU